AAUAAAUAGAUUGUACAAUAAUCUGACAUCCUUAAGAUUUCUUUAGAAUUUUCGGUACAGGAUGGGAAAGCACAUAAACUAUCUGUUUGGUUUAUUUACUUUUAUCUUCAUCUUUACAUGGAUUAAUGCCGAAUCGCCCACUGCUAUACCAUGUCGUGGUACGUCACAAAGUGCACGGAAUGUCACUAUUGAUGUUUCUGGAUGUACAAAUACAACUAGAUGCCCUUUAAUCAGAGGAUCUUCUCAUAUAGUGACUGUUAGCUUCAUUCCUACAAAGAAUUCUUCAUCGAAUGUUAACAGGAGGAUUUAUGGCGUUUUUCAUGGUUUACCAAUUCCUUAUGGAAGAAGUGAAAAAAUAUGUGAGAAUGCUAGAGAUGAAUUUAACUUAACAUGUAAAGAAACCAAAGGAUUAAUUGCAGAUCGAAAAUAUACUUACAAUUCAAUGUUUCCAGUCCAGCCGUUUUUUCCUUCGUUGGCGCUUAACGUCAGAUAUCAAUUUACCGAUGGAAAAAAUGCAAUAGUGUGUGUGGAGUUACCAGUGAAGAUAGUAUCUCGUCAUUGAUACUGUAAUAUAUCAUUUUUAUGAAUGGUUUCUCUUUUUUUUAAUGGAGUUCCUUUCAGAAACAGCUAGUCUUUACUUUAACAUCAACCAAAUAAUUCGUCCAUAAAAAAAAUUGUAAACCAUCAUUUAUUUUUCU